UGUACGGAGCCCGGCAUACAGCUGAGCCAGCCUGCUAACCUUCUGCCCUCCGCUACCUCACAAGCCCUGGGGAGUCCUGUAUGUCCGCGAAGGGCAGGAAAUGCAAGGAGCUGCCCUCUGGCAGGGUCAGUUUCCCGGACCUGGGGGAGCGCGGGGGAUGGCUGGCAAAGAAUGGGGGUCAGUGGGCGCCACUGCCUCAGCCCCAGGGAGUGCUGGUCUUACCUGCGGAGAGCAGCUCCUUCAUUGCCGGAGGGUCCCACAGUGACUACCACCUCCACUCUCUAGCAGGUGAAGGGAGCCCAUCUAUGAGAAGAGUAACCAUGAUGAGAGAGAAGGGAAGGAGACAGGCCGUCCGUGGCCCCGCUUUUAUGUUUAACAACCGAGGACCAAACCUGACUGCAGAAGAGGAGCGCUUCUUGGAUGCCGCAGAGUAUGGGAACAUUCCUGUGGUAAGAAAGAUGCUAGAAGAGUCAAAAACUUUGAAUGUCAACUGUGUGGAUUACAUGGGACAAAAUGCCCUACAGUUGGCAGUAGGGAAUGAACAUUUAGAAGUGACUGAACUUUUGCUAAAAAAGGAGAAUUUGGCUCGAAUUGGAGACGCCUUGCUUCUUGCAAUUAGCAAGGGGUAUGUUAGGAUUGUUGAAGCCAUCUUAAAUCAUUCUGCUUUUGCAGCAAGCAAAAGACUAACCCUUAGCCCAUGUGAGCAAGAGCUUCAGGAUGAUGAUUUUUAUUCCUAUGAUGAAGAUGGCACUAGGUUCUCCCCAGAUAUCACACCUAUCAUUCUUGCUGCACACUGCCAAAAAUAUGAGGUUGUGCAUAUGCUGUUGAUAAAAGGAGCAAAGAUAGAAAGACCACAUGAUUACUUCUGCAAGUGUAAUGACUGUAUGGAAAAGCAAAAGCAUGAUUCUUUCAGCCACUCAAGAUCCAGGAUAAAUGCCUACAAGGGACUGGCCAGCCCUGCCUAUCUGUCUCUUUCCAGUGAGGAUCCUGUUCACACUGCAUUGGAGCUGAGCAACGAAUUAGCCAAACUUGCCAAUAUUGAAAAAGAAUUUAAGAAUGACUAUCGCAAAUUGUCUAUGCAAUGCAAAGACUUUGUGGUUGGAGUCCUUGAUUUGUGCAGGGAUUCUGAAGAGGUCGAGGCUAUCUUAAAUGGAGAUGUGGAUGCUGAACCAGCGGAACCUCAGAGACACAGACCUUCACUGAGCCGAGUUAAACUAGCCAUUAAGUAUGAAGUUAAGAAGUUUGUGGCACACCCCAAUUGCCAACAGCAGCUUUUAACAAUCUGGUAUGAAAACCUCUCAGGAUUACGAGAACAAGUUAUUGCCACCAAAUGUCUGGUUGUACUGGUCGUUGCCUUGGGCCUACCAUUUCUCGCUGUUGGUUACUGGAUUGCUCCAUGCAGCCGGCUAGGCAAGGUUCUCCGCAGUCCAUUCAUGAAGUUUGUGGCACAUGCUGCAUCAUUUAUCAUUUUCCUGUGCCUGCUUGUCUUCAAUGCAUCAGACAGAUUUGAAGGCAUUAAAACCCUACCAAACAUCACAGUCAUUGAAUACCCAAAGCAGAUUUUCAGAGUGAAAACCACAAGAUUCACAUGGACAGAAAUGCUCAUCAUGGUAUGGGUUUUAGGAAUGAUGUGGUCAGAGUGUAAGGAGCUGUGGCUGGAAGGACCCAGGGAAUAUGUCCUGCAGCUGUGGAAUGUCCUGGAUUUUGGAAUGCUCUCCAUUUUUAUUGCAGCUUUUACUGCAAGGCUGCUAGCUUUCAUGCAGGCCUCCAAAGCUCAACAGUAUGUGGACAAAAAUAUCCAAGAAAAUGAUCUAACUUUGGUCACACUUCCUCCUGAAGUAGAGUAUUUCACUUACGCCAGAGAUAAAUGGCUGCCGUCUGAUCCACAGAUUAUAUCGGAAGGCCUAUAUGCAAUAGCUGUUGUUCUGAGCUUCUCAAGAAUAGCCUACAUCCUACCAGCCAAUGAAAGUUUUGGGCCUCUACAAAUAUCACUUGGGAGAACUGUGAAGGACAUCUUUAAGUUCAUGGUCCUCUUUAUUAUGGUGUUCCUGGCAUUCAUGAUUGGGAUGUUUAUCCUGUAUUCUUACUACCUUGGAGCUAAAGUGAAUUCUGCUUUCACAACUGUUGAGGAGAGCUUUAAAACACUCUUCUGGUCCAUAUUCGGCUUGUCUGAAGUAACAUCUGUGGUUCUGAAAUACGACCAUAAGUUUAUAGAGAACAUCGGCUAUGUUCUUUAUGGUAUCUACAAUGUGACAAUGGUGGUGGUCCUUCUGAACAUGCUGAUUGCCAUGAUUAACAGCUCAUAUCAAGAAAUUGAGGAUGACAGUGAUGUAGAAUGGAAAUUUGCCCGAUCGAAGUUAUGGCUAUCAUAUUUUGAUGAAGGAAAAACUCUUCCUCCUCCAUUCAGUAUUGUUCCAAGCCCUAAAUCCUUUGUCUAUCUUAUUAUGAGGAUUGUCAACUUGCUGAAGUGUAAAACAAGAAAACUGCAGAAAGACAUUGAAAUAGGAAUGGGCGAUUCCAAAUCCAGGUUAAACCUCUUCUCCCAGUCUAAUGCCAAAGUUUUUGAGUCACGGAGUUUCAACAGUAUUUUAAAUCAGCCAACUCGCUAUCAACAAAUAAUGAAAAGACUUAUAAAACGAUAUGUGGUGAGAGCCCAAGUGGACAAAGAAAAUGAUGAAGUGAAUGAAGGUGAACUGAAAGAAAUAAAGCAAGAUAUUUCAAGCCUUCGCUAUGAACUUCUAGAAGACAAAUCACAAGCUACUGAGGAAUUAGCGACCUUGAUACAUAAACUGAGUGAAAAGAUAAAUCCUAGUAUGUCUAGGUGUGAAUAAGUAAUGGAUCCCGAAGUACAAUGGCAAUAAACUAUAAAUCAUCCAAUACUUGAAGAAAAAAAUAAGUCUGAUAGAUUUAUAGCACACAAUUAAGUCCUUUAAAUGUACCUCCAUGUGACUACUGCUCUGCAAGUACCAGGAGACCUUGGGCAUGUCAUCAUAAUUCUAGUUGAUAGAGUUGAAAUCAUAUAAUCAGUUUAGCCUAAGCUUAAAGGGUUUUUCCUGUUUGCAUCAACAUCCUUUAAAAUAAUCAUUCAUGAAGGUAGCUGUAAUUUCGUAUUUCUUUAACCUUUAUUGCUCCUAUUUUCCAUUCACACGACCAUGUCCAUCCAGCUUUUUCAUAUUUCCUUUGGUGUCAUGUCCAUGCAUUAGAAAGUGAUAUGAGAGUGUCUAUGUAACUAGCUGGGUGGGAGGAGCUUUAAACUAGCUGAGUGUUGUUAGGGGGCGGUGCUGGAGCUGUGAGAGAGAAGGGAGCAGUGCAUCAUGGGUUUGGUUGAAUACCACAAUAGGAAGUGUUACAUACAGGUUUGAAACAAACCAGAAUGACGUGUUUACACGGUAAAACAGAUUAGGACAGUCCAAUUUAAAAAAAAAAAACAUGAGAGAUGUACAUGAGGUAAGGAACUACAUAAUCAUAUCUGUGAAAAACCAUAGUAAUUCCGGAAAACCCCUUUAAGCUAUACUUCUAUGACUAGGAAGUCUGGGCGUUCUAGGUGGGUCCACUUGUGGGUCAUUUGUGGCAAUAAACCUUUACUGUUCACACUAUAGAAGCACAAUACGGCUAUUUAAGAGUGUGAAAACCUGGACAAAAGGAGCAAGUAGCUAGGUUAUAGGGUCCAAAUUACUGACUGAAUAAUCAAAGCAAAUUGUUAAUCCAUUAGUUGGUUGAUGCUCAUAAUGAUGACACAAUAUGUCUAUUGCUUUUGUCACCUAGGACACUUUAACAAUGAAUUAUUUUUGUAAAGGAGAUAAGUUAUACUUAAUACUGCUUGUAAAAAACAUCAGAAUAACGUACAACUGACCAUGAGAAAAGUGCUGUAAAAAUAAUAUAUGCCAUUUAUUUGGUAGAAUAUUGGAACAGUUUAGCCGUUGCCUUUAUAGUAUACUUACACAUACUGCAGGUUAGCAUGCAUCAUUUGACAGGUGCACUUCAAAAAGGGACAUCUACGAUAUUGAAUGUGUGGGAACAAGGACUACCUACAACCAAAACCCCCUGGACCAGACAUGAGGAUGUGCACAUAGGCACAGUCUUCGCUAAAGAAAUACGCUUUGUGUUCAUCACCCCUAGGUAGAGUAAAUACUACUUAGUCAUAUAUUAAAGUCUUCUGCAACUUUAGGAUUUAAUUUGGUUCAUCAAUCAGUUCAGUCUUUGUGACAUAACUGUAAUGGCCAUUAAUGCAAACAGCUUAGAAGAACAAACUUAGUACAAGUCACAAAUACUGGGAGAUUAGACAAUUAAAUAAAAGGGUAAUAUUCUUACUGUGAAGACCCCAAAACUGUAGCUAUUUAUGAAUGGCUCCAUGCUGAAUAUAUGAGUCAUACAAGCACAGAAGGGAAUAUUUGAUUGAAACAUUACCAUGACGGACCACAGCAUUAGGCUACUUUCACAUCUGUGUUUUGCUGUACGGUUUUAAGGUCCAUCACAGGAUCUCAAAACCACAGUAAAACGCUUUAGUUUUUUCCCCAUUCAUUUUCAAUGGGGACACAAUUGAACAAACUUAAAUGGGGUGCACCGGAAAAAACAAAAUCAAUACAAGCAGUUUUUGUGUUCAUCAUGGGAUACUGAGCAAGAAGGAUGCGGCAUGAAACAUAAUGUAAGUCGAUGGUCCUAGGUGCCCAUUGACUUACAAUAGUUUUAGUGCCGGAUCCAUCUUAUUCAUUUUGGAGAUAAUAUAGCCAGAUGCAGACGGUUGUAUUAUUGUCCGGAUGCGUUUUUGCUGAUCCCCUGACGGAUCCAGCAAAAACGCAGAUGUGACAGUAGCCUUACACAUGUGAAUGCCACUUCAUAUGCUUAAAGCAUUCCUGAGUUUAAAAAAAAAAGUUUGUAUAAUGGCUGUGCUUCUUUGUACAAUCAAAGCUGUUAAGAAGGGCCGGCUCCAAAUUCAUGUGGGACCCCUUGUGGCAAUUCCGGUAUUUCCGUUGUUCUGCUUCCAUGUUAGAGCAGAACAAAAAACAAAACACAGAUGUGAACCUUAGAUUAAAUAGCCCUUAUAGUGCCCAUAGUAAUGUCCCCCACUGCCCUCAGUAAUCUCUUUAUAGUGUCCAUAGCGAUUUUCCCUGUGUCUGCACUCACUUGUUUGUGGUAACGGGGCAGGAACUGUUAUUGCACUUCUUGCCGGGCCCCCGUCAGAGCGCUCACCACAGCAGCAUCACAUCCACUCAUUCCAGCGUCUAUCAGGCCCCAGUGCUGCCCUACUAGUAGUAUUCACUAAUCAUGUGGGUGGACGGAGCCUGACCAAUGUUAGUCAGACUCCACUAACUCACUUCAUUAGUGAUUAAAGAGUACUAGUAGGGCAGCAUGGAGCCUGAUAGAUGCCUGACUGACCACAUGUGAUGCUUCUGUGGUGAGCGCUCUGAUGCAUGAAGUACAGUUUCAGGCUCUGUUACCAGUACGCACAGACAUGAACAUAGCCCCCAGCCCAGCCAGUCACCCCCUGACGGCAGUACUACCCUGAUGGUGGCCUUGGCCAGUAGCCAUAACAUUCAAAGCCCUGGUCAAAACAUCUGGGCUUCAAGCACAAAUAUUUUGACCUGGCGAUGCCCCUGGAGUGAGGAGACACAGUUGGACCCCCCCCAGGAGCAGUGGACCCCGGCACUUGCCCGAGUAUGCUGGGUACUGACGCUGGCUCUGAAGGAGCAGUUAUGUUUGGGCUUCCCUAAUGUUUGUUUCCGACAUGUUAUUCCCUUUUUCAGCUGCACAGCCAGAUGCAUUUGUCUCAGAAGCAAGGAGCCUAUCCCUUCUGUGG